UAGUUGAUGAGAAUGUGAUGGAAGUUAAUGAAUGAAACCUAAGCCAUAGGACUGGAGGAGGUACGUUUCCAUCAGCGAGCUCACCGUUUCUCCACCGCUCGCCUGUGCUGAGGGAUCUGGUUUCACACACCUGUUGGCUGUGCAUCCAGACGGUGUGCUGUGUGGCUCGGCACAGUUUGUACGUCUGCUGCUGUUUUUAACAAGACGAAGGGAAUGGAUCUGAAAAAUCGGAAAUCAGGAAUUAGAUGAUAAAGGCCUGAAGGGAUGCCUGUGUCAUGGGCACAGAGCGCGAGGAGACCGAGCAGGCCAGCGGAGAUGAUGAAGCAUCUCAACAGGAUGCUGCCAGUGUCGUAGAUGUGUCUGUGGAGGUGGCCACAGUUGACCACACUCUGCAGAAGAUCUGCAGAAAGUACAGGAAGACAAGGCGGAAGCCAAAGGGCAUCAAGAAGCUGUGGGCCCGUCUGCUGAACGUGCCGCACCUCGCGGUCAUCAUCACAGCUGUGGUGUUUGUGGUGGUGGUUAUCAUGUGGUCGCUGCUGUGGGUCUUCAUCUUUCGCAGGGAAAGCAACAGUGGAGCUUAUUUUGCCGGGAUGUUCCGUGUUGCCAACGUGGAGUUUAUCCCCGAGUACCGCCAGGAAGAGUCCCAUGAGUUUGUAUCUAUGGCAAACAAAAUACAACAUGUGGUGAGUGAUGUGUUCAAGAUGUCCUCGGUGGCCAGACUCUACAAGCAAGCUGUCAUUUCAGACCUCAGUAACAACAACAAGGGUGGUGUGCUGGUUCAUUUCUGGAUGGUGUUUGUGGUGCCUCGACUAAAGAGCCCGGCAGUGUGUGAGGAGUGUGUUGGAGCCAUCUUCAGAGACUCCAUCCACACCAGCAUGAAGAACAGGUCCUCUGUGGGCUACCUGCUGGGUCUCCCAGUGGAUAUAGACUCCAUCCUCAUCAAUGCUGUUCAGCGAUCAGAUUAUAUAUCAGGAGCAGGCACGGAGUGUGUGGAUAAGCUUUACGCCAACCUUCCUGGGGUGAGGGUCCCUUUAAACGUCUUUUCAUCGUGGGGUGGUGUGAGUUGCCACGUGAAACUCACCGCCGUUCCCGGCUCUCUGAUCCGUCUGACCGUCACCUCGUUCCUCAUUGAGCCCAGUGACUGCGUGAGUGAUGCCCUGACCGUGUACGACGCUCUGCUGCCCAUGAGAGGGCGCAUUCUGCACAGGCUGUGUGAGUCGGUGUCCAGCUCCUUCUCCCUGGUGUCUACCUCAAAUGUCAUGUUGCUGUCCUUCAGAAUGACUAAUGGCAACAAGAGUUUCAGAGGACACUUUGAGGCCAUUGCUGAAGAAACAUGUUUGUCUCAAAUUGAGACCCAGUUAGAGCCUGAGAUCACUGGUCAGAUCUACAGCCCCUUCCACCCCAGCCUCCUGCCCCCACAGUGCUCCUGCACCUGGAGGUUUGAGACCCCUAACAGUGCAUUAGGAGUUGCUCUGCAGUUUCAGAACUAUGUACUGAAGCCAAAGGACAUGAAGAGCUGUGACCAAGGCUGGUGGAAGGUCAAUGAAAUCAUUUUCUGUGGCAGCUACGUGGGACAUCACACGGUAUUUCGCAUCGCUGACCACAGCCCAGAUGUGGAAUUUCGCUGCAGCUCACGUAACUCUGCUCAGCCUUUUCAGGCGUCUUACAGCAGCUACAAUAUCAGCCAGCCCUGUCCAGACAGCCACUUCCUGUGCUCCACAGGACUGUGUGUGGAGAAGAGUCGACGCUGUGACGGCCUGGACGACUGCCAGGAUGAGAGCGAUGAGAUCUUCUGCUCGAGACCCACUAAGAACUGCGGUGGCAACAGUCCUCUGCAUCCUUUGUUCGUAUGCAAUGGAGAGACAGACUGCGACGAUGGAAGAGAUGAGAUCAACUGCACUCGAGAAACAACCUGCUCUGCAAUCAGGUAUCAGUGCAACAGUGGCUCCUGUAUCUUGAAGAAAAAUGCAAAGUGUGAUGGUGUUCACGACUGUCAGGACCGCAGCGAUGAGGCCGACUGUGCCUGUGGUCGUCCCUCCUUGGUGAAGAAGGUGGAUUCAUCUACAGGACCUGAACGUAUUGUGGGUGGAGUUAACUCUGUGGAGGGGGAGUGGCCGUGGCAAGUCAGCCUCCACUUCUCCGGUAGUCUGUACUGUGGCGCUACUGUCCUCUCCCGUGAUUGGCUCAUCUCAGCGGCACACUGCUUCAGUAAGGAAAGGCUGUCUGACCCGCGUUACUGGACGGCCCACCUCGGCAUGCUGACACAGGGCGGUGCCAAACACGUGGCUGACAUCCAGCGAAUUGUGGUGCACGAGUAUUACAACGCGUACACGUUCGACUAUGACAUCGCCCUGCUGCAGCUGAAGAAGCCCUGGCCACCCUCCCUCAGCCCACUGGUGCAGCCUGUGUGCCUGCCACCCUCCUCCCACACUGUCACCGAGAGCCACCAGUGCUGGGUCACCGGGUGGGGAUACCGCUCCGAGGAGGACAAAGUGCUGCCCUCAGUGCUGCAGAAAGCUGAGGUGUCGGUGCUGAGUCAGACCGACUGUAAGAAGAGCUAUGGACCUGUCUCACCACGCAUGCUGUGCGCAGGGGUGUCCUCUGGAGAGCGGGACGCCUGCAGGGGUGAUUCAGGUGGUCCUCUGUCCUGUCAGGCACCAGGAGGGGGUCGCUGGUUCCUAAUAGGCAUCGUCAGCUGGGGGGCGGGCUGUGGGAGACCAAACCUGCCUGGGGUCUACACCAGGGUCAGCAAGUUCACCUCCUGGAUCUACAGUCAUAUCAGCCAAAGAAGUUUGUCCACAGACUCUGUCGCACGGAUGGUCGUGCAGAUUGUACCCUUUCAUAGUGGUUUCAUUGUCCCCCGCACUGCAUUCUGGGGCUCCGUGAGACACCUGCCGCCCAGUUCAGGUAAACGGGAGGCGGUGAAUGCCCGCCGCAUCCGAGCAGCUCAGGGUAUUGUUGCAUAUCGCCUCUCCGCAGCCGAACGGGACAGUGCCAUGAGGACUCUGCCCAAAAGCAAAACUUGCGAAGUGUACUGCGUCUCCGGGCAUGGACACUCAGGCUGCUCUGCUGCACAGGGAGAGGUGGAGUUGAAGGAGCCCACCCAGUCAGUGAGCCCCCCCACGAAGCCUGAGGAUCAGGCAGAACAGAAGGUGGAGGGGGGGCGAGAUCCAGUCUGUGGCUCCUGGAGGAGAUGGAUGUUAGGGCUCCUGCCUUUCUUUCCCUUCACUGCUGCCAUUGCACUAACUCUCCACUUCUUAACAUCUCCGCCCUCCUCAGUGUUCUUCCUCGGCGGCAGCGUGGAGUUCCCAAACCUGAGCUUCUCCUCGGAGCUGACUGACUCCAAUUCCCCUCAGUUUCGCCUGCAGGCUCAGGCUUUGAACCAUUAUUUCUCAGAACUCUACGAGUCCUCACCGUGGCACUCUUACCACCUGCGCUCAGGAAUUACCGCCUUCAGUGAAGGAGUAAAAGGGCUCAACGUCUUCUACUGGAGUAAAUUCUCCGCCCCGGAUGACGUUGCCACUGCGAUCCGGAGGUCCAGCCCAGAGAGGCUGCAGCGCCGGCUUCCCGGCAGCAACAAGGUGCUGCGGUACAGCCGCAACGAGCAGCGCUAUUACAUGGAGCAAGACGACAACACGCUCCACCUGCUGGGCUUGGACCCUGACGACUUUGAAUCAGAAGAAAAAUCAGACAAGAGUAAGAAUCCAAACAGCAUCCAGAGUGGGAAAUGGCAGCUCGGCUUCCAGGCAAUGUCCUUUGACCUCUAUGCCAAAUAUGGCAACAACCGCACCCUGAGCCUCGUGAGUCCCAAGAAGCCGUACUACCAGUGGCGUCUCCGAGUUCCAUCGGGUCACGUGGUUCGACUGGUCAUCCUCACCCUGCACGGUGCCACGCCAGGAAGCUGCACCGCUCACAAGCUCUCGGCCUACGACUUCUUGCUUCCAUUACAGAACAAGAUAAUCGCCAGGUGGUGUGGGCUGCCUGUUUCGGGUUCGUCCCCUGUCAUGAAGCUGACGUCCUCUGGGAAUGUGAUGCUGGUCACCUUCUCCUUCAGCAGACAGAGGGAUGGAGCAAUCUUUAAAGCUUACUUCCAAGCCAUCCCCAAAGCAGGUUGUGGAGGGUCAAUUUUCUCCUGGAACGGCUCUAUUUCCUCCCCCUACUACCCUUCCUAUUACCCUCCUAAUAUAGACUGCACCUGGAUACUGCGGGCGCCGUUGCCAGGAUACUUGAUCUCCAUGACCAUUGUGACGAUGGACAUACAGGAUUCUUCGGCGUCAGACGGCUGUGAGAAAGACUGGCUGGACAUCGGAGGGGUCAAACUGUGUAAUCCAGUGUCAGACAGCAGCAAAAAGCGAGUCUACUCCUCUCCUCUCUCCCUGCACUUCCAUUCAGAUGAAUCUCUGACUCACAAGGGCUUCUAUUUAGUCUACCGAGCCUUCUCUCCAGAGGGCACCUGUCCUCGCCAGUUUCGCUGUGGAGAUGGACGCUGUAUCCCUCUGAGGAAAGUGUGCGAUGGAGUGAAAGACUGCUCGGAUGGACGGGACGAGGCUAGAUGCUCAUCCUGCAGGCCAGGUGAAGUUCUGUGUGGAAAUGGCCAGUGCAGGCCCCACAGCAGCCAGUGUGUGAGCCAGAGCAGCUGUGCAGACAGCAGCGAAGAGGGUUCCUGUGGGGGUAAAUGUUACCACGUGUGUCCCAACAAGGUCUGCCUGCCAAAGUCUUCGGUGUGUGACGGUGUUAUUGACUGCAAAGACCGUAGCGAUGAACUCAACUGCACCAGAGCGUACCUUAAAGGCUGCUCCUCGUCCUCAUACAAAUGUGCCAACGGAAAGUGUCUCAGUAAGAUUAACCCUGAGUGUGAUGGGGUCAAAGACUGCUUUGACAGCUCGGAUGAACUGCGCUGUGCCUGUGGCACCAGGCCCAGGAAGCGUACUAAGAUAGUGGGUGGCUCUGAUGCUGGAAUGGGGUCUUGGCCAUGGCAAGUCAGCCUCCAGAUGGAUCGCUACGGUCACGUCUGCGGAGCCACACUGGUCUCCAGCCGCUGGCUCAUCUCUGCAGCUCAUUGCUUCCAGGACUCAGACGCCAUCAAAUACUCGGAUGCUCGUGCGUGGCGGGCUUACAUGGGAAUGCGUGUGAUGACCACAGGGAACAAUGGAGCGACCACCAGACCGAUUCGCAGGAUCCUCCUCCACCCGCAAUACGACCAGUUCACCUCUGACUACGACAUCGCCCUUCUCGAACUCAGUGCUCCUGUCUUCUUCAGUGAUGUGGUGCAGCCUGUGUGCGUCCCCGCACCUUCACACACGUUCACAGCAGGGACCAGCUGCUACGUCACGGGCUGGGGCGUCCUCGUGGAGGACGGAGAAUUGGCCUCUCACUUACAAGAGGCCUCGGUGAAGAUCAUCAGCAGAAACACUUGCAACAAGCUGUAUGACGAUGCUGUCACUCCGAGGAUGCUGUGCGCUGGGAACCUGCAGGGAGGGGUGGACGCCUGUCAGGGUGACUCAGGAGGUCCGCUGGUGUGUCUGGAGCGAGGCAGACGGUGGUUUCUAGCAGGGAUCGUGAGCUGGGGUGAGGGCUGCGCGAGACUGAACCGUCCUGGUGUCUACACACAGGUGGUCAAGUUCACGGACUGGAUCCAUCAGCAGACUAAAGGACAGGUGUGACCUGCCUGGCACGAACAGAAAUGACAGACCCAACACACAGAACAAAGGUUUCAGGUCUGGAGUUCCUCUUCAGACUGCUGUCAUGAUUGAAUGACAACACAUGCUGUCACUUUUUGGGAGUGUGUGCAUUGCAACAAGCUCACGGUGUGUGUGUGUGUGUGUGUGUGUGUGUGUGUGGGGGGGGGGGGUCGUCAACCAACCAGCUUCUUUUCAGCCUCCAAACAUCUGACAGUGGUUGGUUAUGAUUACAUGCACAAAAAGUACAGUACUAUUUGGUUAUUAAAGCAGCUACAAGGAAGUUUUAACUGCUUAUGAAACACUGGUGCCUGUGUAUGACCUAUAAUCAAACCAUCAGCAGUAAGAUCAACUGUUUCUGUAAAGUUAAUCUGUCACUGGGUCCAUUUCCCCAUGAAGUCAGCCAAAACGAUAUACAACACGCAGACCGGAGGAGCAAAUGUUUACAUUUUCCAAGGCAAAGUUUUGUGGUGAGUAGCACAUCAGCCAGUUAGAAGGAAGCAGGAGGAGAUUUUUCUUUUAGGCGUUUUAAUUUUGACUUAAUGUUUUGUGGUCAUGCCUGAUACUGAGUUCUGAAAGGAUUCAAAACCAAUGCCAAACUGUCCCUCUUCACCCUAGACAGGUGGCAUUUGUAAUAUGUCGACUCAGCUACAGCUUGCUGUUGGCUUAUUAUUAUGAAGACAUAAAAUCAGCAGGAAAUGUUUAUAACUUUAGCUUUCCCAUCAAAAUCACUAUUAGGCCUUCCAAGCAACCCAAUCUGUUACUUUAAGGCUUACAUGUACCUCCAGCUGUUUGACUGUGACAUGAGGUUGUGCUGAUGGGAAACACAGCCUUCUGUCCAGGAAACACUAUCACAGUUUGUCCACAGGAGGCGCCAAAAUCAACACAAAAUAAAACUUGUUGUUGCUGUAAGUGCAAGUGGUUUUGUGUUACUGCACAUACGCGUAUUAGAAUCUGUAGAAUUGGGUUGGAUUUCCUUAUACAAAUGACAGGAUAUUGAAUUUCGAUGCAUAACAUAAGAUAACACAAAAAAGGCUCUAGUAGCUUUUAGUUUUCACUGUAUGCACACAUGUGAACUGAAAAAGUGAAGAGAAAAUAUGCAGUUAAAAUGCCACUCAAAUUAAAACGUCCAUCUGUCUUAUAGGAAACAUUCUUAACACUCAUUAUUUUAUAUUUGUAUUUUUAAAAUGAAAAUUAUCAGAAAAACAGUUGAAAUUGGGGUGAAAAUCUGACUUUUGACCAUACAUUUAUUUUCAUUACUUUAAAUGACUUUAUUUUCGUGAUCUUCAGCUUCUUGUCUGUGUGUUCUCGAUGUGUUUGCUCUUCACUUUCUGCAGCACGUUGAGUUCUGCUUUUCUCCAGGAGGAAUUCAGUCACUAUAAACUGCUGUGAACGCUGCUGUCCUCCUGCAGUAAAACAUGUUUUUGCGUAGAAACACAAGUCCAAACAUAAAUCCCGUAUAAACAAAAGCAAAGAGAUUCAUUACUAUUUCCCUGUCAGCCUCUGGUGGGCUCUAACAGAGAAAUGAUUUGUUUGAGUCCCAUCAGUCAAAACAGGUCAGUACCUGCUUUGUUCAUCAGGCCUCUGAACAAAUCUGAGCUCAGCUAAAUCAGAAUCAGAAUCAGAAUCAGAAUUCCUUUAAUAAUCCCUGGAGGGAAAGUCUUGUUCUUACAGACAUUGCACAUGCAGUAUUCCCGACCAAGAAAGGAGAAAAGUGUAAAGUAUAAAGUACGACCACUAGCCCGGUUUUCUGUGCAUGUAAAGGUAGCCAAUUACUUCCUGUUUUGCCACUUGUUUUGGCCAAUCCUGUCUUUCUUUUCUUUUUUUACCAGCAAAAAUCCCAUCAGUCGUUUUAUUGAAUGUGGAAAUAAUUCUCUCCUGACAAGCAUGUGCCUGUACAUUUUGUCCACAUUCGUCCAUGUACUGUAUAUGUGUGCUCAUGACCUGCUGUGUGUUUUCAAACUGUACUGUGUGUGUAUGUAUGUGCACAUCAUGAGUUAAAGUCAUAGUCUUAUGUUCAAAAUAUAUUCUGUAAGUGUAGAGAAGGGAAUAAUCCCUCAGUAGGAGGUGAUGAUAUAUUUAACAUUUCAGUUUCAUUAUGAUUUAAUUUAUCUUUACGGUGCCUUCUUUGCUUCAUGAAAAGCAGGAUCACAGCUCGCCUUAAAUUUCUACUGAAGCUGAUGCUGGUGUGCUGAACAAAUAAGGUUGUCACCGAUCUCGUUUCUCGCAGCUCACAACGCCAUCCAAUGGCCAGUCUGCACUGUUUAUGCCCUGGGGGAAUUAUGCACCUUACACCCACAGGACUAAAAAAUGUGCAGUUUGUAUCAUUGUUUAAUGAUAAUACGUUAUGCCUUUAUAUUAAAGACACAUUUUCCCACGCAGCAGGCCCGGCUCGUGUUUCCAAACAAAACUAUUAAUUGAUAGGAAAUGGAAAAUCUAGUGCUACAUUUGUAAUCCGCGCGUUAAAAAGAAAGGCACCGGGGCAGUACAGCGCGGACUCUGACUGUCAGUACUCAUAUACUUCAUAUUACAUCAUCUGGUGAAUGUUAUUUAGGAUAGUUUGAGCAAGAAGUCAGCGGUGAAAUGUCAGUGAGUGUUGAGAUCCGUAUUUUUUUCUAUGUGUGGAAUGUCUGACAAGCUCUUGCAGGGAACACACUUUGUUUUCUCUGAAGAGAGGUUUCCAGUUUCGAAACGCGAGAAAGGCGUCUGACAAGU